AUGACGAACAACCUUCGACUCUGGCAUCGUUUGAUGUUUGUACUGUUGGUACAUUCAGGAGUCGUCCUUGGCUCGGAACUUUGGCCCAGAAUCAAUGGUGGCCAGUCGCAAUGCUACCCUGUGCAGACAAAGGAUAAGGUCUCAGGUGCAAAAGGCCUUCUCUGUUUGCGUCUUCCGUGGCAAGAUCCUAAAACCUUGACUGUGGACAUCCACAUUGGAUCAGCUGGAUGGGAACUAAAUGAUGUAUUCGUUUGGUUGGGUAGCAACGAAACCGACUUACCGUAUGAUGUGGAAGAUGCGUGGGCGACGGCAAAUUUCGACGAAUUCACGUAUACUCACAAAAGAGUAAGAGAGAGGAAGAUAUCGAUCCAGACGUCGCUGCUCAAUGACAUGGGAUUUGCGUGUCCGAAUCGAGCAACGGAAUACUUCGCGGCAGUCUUCGCGACGGUCAAGUCAAUCGAUGGACGGAAAUCGGAGGCUCUUGAAAUUGUGAAGAGCCCAACAGAAAGCAUGUCUGAUGCAGCCAAUCUCCUUCCUUACACGAUCUCUUGCCAACGGUUUUCGCGAUCACAAAUCAUGCCGAGGCCAGUGCAGUCUAUCAAUGGCCAAUCCACAAGUGCACACCGCAGGCAACUCCAGGACUGCCCCGCGUAUCCAAGCAACACCGUUUUCAACCUUACAGAGGCAGAAAUGAGUAAAGUAUCAUAUGCUAUCAAGUUGAACAUGUUGGUGACAAGAUCAGAAGCGGGUCUUAUGUCUAAAGUUCGUAAAGAGCAAAAAGACAACUACGAGCUAUUUAAUGGUUGGUGUGACCUCAAUGACCAAGCUCUGGUGGCGAAACCCAAGGAUGAAGCUGUUUGCUAUGCUUGCUUUAUGGGCACCAAUGGACUGAAUCCUCUUGAUGGGAUACAAAACCUAAUCCUCAGCAGCAGCCUCAUUGGCGAUUGCAUGGUUAGAAAUGGCUAUACAGACGCCUACAACACUUCAUACAGAGAUGAUUUGCGAUGCAAAAUCGAUGAGUGCGUCCAAUCAUGCGAUGAUGGUCUUUGCCCACUUGUACUUUCCGGGCAUUCGCAGGGCGGAGCUGCAGCAAUUGCUGCCGCCAUAGACUUACGCCACUACAGGCCAACGACAAUUACUUUCGGCAGCCCUCGCCCUUUCAUGGUAACAGACGACGCUCCUUGCACAGACCUGAACGCAGAGCAGCAUUACCGGUUCAUCAAUACGGAUGCGAAUAACUACGACAGUGUUCCGUAUGGGACUCUUUCUGGAUCCUCCAAUUUCGGCCAAGUUUUUCUUUUAGACGACACCAAUUGGCCUAUUGGGUACCCUGGUUUCAAUGCCGAUCAGACGAGGGACCCUCAAAGUUCUGCAUUGCACGACAGGGGUCAAUAUGAGGACAAAAUACUGGCGAUCAUGGACCGAGGUUGUUUCCCCGUACCGGCGGCCCCUUGGGGUCAAGGUCAUUAUUGCCACUACGAUGACGAGUGCUUCGGAAAUUGUAUAGCUAACACCUGCAGAGAUGAAGCUAACUACUAA